AUGGACCAUGGAACCAACGCAAUGGAUAUCCUUACUGGCCGUGUCUACCCAUUGAAGCUGGGUUUCAUUGGAGUGGUUAACCGCUCUCAGCAAGAUAUCCAGGCAGGUAAAUCUCUGGCAGAAGCAUUGAAGUCCGAAGCCGAGUUCUUCAGGCAUCAUCCUGCCUACCGCAACAUGGCAAACCGAUGCGGUACCCAGUUCCUUGCUAAGAGCCUGAAUACUACUCUCAUGGCACACAUCCGUGACCGUCUGCCCGAUAUCAAGGCCCGCCUCAAUACGUUGAUGGGGCAAACCCAGCAGGAGCUGGCCAGCUAUGGAAACAAACAAUUUAGUGGACGAGAGCAUCGUGGCUCCCUGAUACUCCAGCUAAUGACACGGUUUGCUUCCUCUUUUAUAUCAUCCAUCGACGGAACUUCCUCCGAGAUAUCAACAAAGGAAUUAUGCGGCGGAGCAAGGAUUUACUAUAUCUUUAAUUCCGUGUUUGGAAACUCCUUGGAGACAAUCGACCCCACCCACAACCUCUCUGUCCUAGAUAUUAGAACCGCCAUCCGCAAUUCAACCGGCCCUCGACCCAGUCUUUUCGUUCCAGAACUUGCGUUUGACCUACUUGUGAAGCCUCAGAUAAAACUCCUUGAAAUACCCAGCCAGCGCUGCGUUGAGCUUGUUUAUGAAGAACUUAUUAAAAUAUGUCAUACUUGCGGUUCAACCGAACUUUCUCGAUUCCCAAGGCUGCAGGCGAAGCUGAUCGAGGUCGUAUCCGACCUUCUCAGAGAGCGCUUGGGCCCAUGCUCAAGCUAUGUUGAGUCUCUUAUUUCUAUCCAGCGUGCAUACAUCAACACCAACCACCCUAACUUCCUUGGUGCGGCUGCGGCCAUGUCAUCUGUCAUUCAAAACAAACAGGAGAAAGAGAAACAGGCUGUUAUUGCUGAAGAAAAGAAAAAGCGGGAUAGACGGCGGUUGAAAGAGCUUGGAGCCGCAAAUGGAGUCGCUACCCCUGAUGAAGAGGAUAACGUAGAUGAGAAACAACAGGCUCUUCCGGUCAGAGGACAUUCCUCAAAAGCUGCUAGAACCGGAUCCCCACAUCCCGGACGCAAUCCCGAAUCCAUAUCCUCUGCUCUCAACGGCCUCCAGUCUGCCUCGCCCCCACGAUUGGGAAGCCAGCAUGGAAAUGCCAAAGAUUCGUUUUUGAACUACUUCUUCGGCAAAGACGGCCUGCCUGGCUCUACUCCUCCCCCAACAUCCUCUGGCCUCUCGCGCCAUGUCAGCCAUGCAAUGGAGCCUAGCUUUAGCCAGAGUUUCCGUCGAAAUGAAGUCCGCUCUCCAUCCAUUCCUCACUUCCCUGCCCCUCAGGAGGAAUAUGCCCCAACCGAGUACGGUGAUAUGUCGUUAGCCAAUGACAACGCCGAACCAGUCCUGACAGACCGCGAGGCUCUGGAGACGGAGCUCAUCCGCCGCCUUAUUUCAUCCUACUUCAACAUUGUCCGUGAGACAAUAGCAGACCAAGUCCCCAAAGCCAUCAUGCACCUUCUCGUCAACCACAGCAAAGAAGUGGUUCAAAACCGCCUAGUCAGCGAACUUUACCGAGAAGAUCUAUUUCCCGAACUCCUUUACGAAGACGACGGCAUCAAGGCUGAACGCGAGAAGUGCGAGAAGCUACUAGAAACUUAUAAAGAGGCCGCGAAGAUCGUGGGCGAGGUUUUGUAA